UCACCCCCUCCUUGGAAGAACAUAUUUGACAGGACGAAGUCAGCCGGAGCCCGCAGUCCAGCCCCAGCCUUCAGUCAGGCGCAGACUCCCCCAGCCCCAUCUCCUGCUCUCCCUUUUGGACGUUUUUGUUCGGUGUUGAAGCACAGCAAAUAAGCAGCCAUGGAUGCCAUCAAGAAGAAGAUGCAGAUGCUCAAGCUCGACAAGGAGAAUGCCUUGGACAGAGCUGAGCAGGCCGAGUCAGACAAGAAAGCAGCUGAGGACAGAAGCAAACAGUUAGAGGAAGAACUGAGAGAAUUGGAAAAGAAAUUGCGUGUUACAGAAGAUGAAAGAGAUAAAGUUUUUGAGGAGUUCCAAACUGCUGAGGAAAAAAUGUUGGCUGCUGAGGAGACCGCUACCAAGGCUGAGGGAGACGUAGCUUCCCUUAACAGACGUAUCCAGCUGGUUGAGGAGGAGUUGGAUCGUGCUCAGGAGCGUCUGGCCACAGCCUUGCAGAAGCUUGAGGAGGCUGAGAAGGCUGCAGAUGAGAGCGAGAGAGGCAUGAAGGUCAUUGAGAACAGGGCCAUGAAGGAUGAGGAGAAGAUGGAGAUCCAGGAGAUCCAGCUGAAAGAGGCCAAACACAUUGCUGAGGAGGCAGAUCGCAAAUAUGAGGAGGUCGCCCGUAAACUGGUCAUCAUUGAGGGUGACCUGGAACGUACAGAGGAGCGUGCUGAGCUAUCAGAAAGCAAAUGCUCUGAACUUGAGGAAGAGCUGAAAACUGUGACCAACAACCUGAAGUCACUGGAGGCCCAGGCAGAGAAGUACUCACAGAAGGAAGACAAGUAUGAGGAAGAGAUCAAGGUCCUCACUGACAAGCUGAAGGAGGCUGAGACUCGUGCUGAGUUUGCUGAGAGAUCAGUAGCCAAGCUUGAGAAGACCAUUGAUGACUUGGAAGAUGAGUUGUACUCCCAGAAACUGAAGUACAAAGCCAUCAGCGAGGAGCUGGACCAUGCCCUCAACGACAUGACUUCCAUAUAAAUUGUUUACAUCUCAUCAAAGAUGCCUCCUUCUGCCCGAGCAGAAGCUGUCUGCUCUCUCCAGCCUGCUCUCCAUUUUCCUUUUCCUCCCUGUCUUUGCUUUUCUUUCCUCCUCAUGUUUUCGAGUCAGUUGCACCCCAUCAUUUGUACAGAACCCUAGAGUCUGCUGCGUUAUUAAAAAUAAACAUCCUUCCUUCUAUCUAAGCUGUAUCUCUUUCCUCUGUCCCUUUUUUUUUUGCCUUUCUUGUCUGGCACUAGGAAAACCAAUAUGCCUUAAUGUUAAUAAUGUGUUUAAUCCCAUAAAACCUUAUACCUCAUAUUAUUUUCUUAUAUGUGAUUUAAUGAAUUUCAAUCAAUGUCCUUUUUUCCUCAAAUAAUGUUCUGUGAAACUGAAGUAUGAGAAAUAUAAAAACGGUGCUGUUAACAUUUAAAGCAAAGGCUAAUCCUGAUGCUUGACUGAAAACUGAGCCAAGUAUCGGGAACUGAUAAAUGCAUUCAGUAGUAGGGCAUAGAAAGUGACUGACUAGAAGUAUCGGAGAGCUGGUCAGCUGUACGGCUGAAUCACUGUUUGGAGGAUUGUAGUAAAGUGUAGUUUGGUCAAAGAGAAAAAAAAGCAUGUAAAAGUUGUGUAGCCUAAUCUGGUGCUUAAUUUGAAGGAAUCUGCUUCUGGUAAAUAUAAUAAAGAUACUUUGUGUGUUGCAUAAGACCAUGUCUUUGAAUGUUAAUAAAUACACAGUGACA